AUCUGCUGCUGAGGAGAUGGGGAGACUGAUCCAGAGAGGAGCACUUCAUGCCUUGGAGAUCAGUUCUCACAGCAUGGCUUGCCGCGUCACAGUGUCGUGAGGGAGAGGGUGAAAGGAAAACUCCCAACAGGAGGAGAUUUUGUUUAUGUUGACCUUCUCUGAGGUUAAACUAAUGCUUUCUCUUAAGUUUGGACUGAUGUCCCAGUGUUGGUGCAGGCAGGUCCUGCUCAGCCUGGAGCUUGGUGUGCUGGUGGCGGUCCUGGUGGCCGGCAGCGCGGGACAGAUCCAUGACAGGAGGGAGGCCGGGUCAUCCUGCUAUGGAGGAUUUGACCUCUACUUUGUGUUGGACAAGUCUGGCAGUGUACAACAUUACUGGAAUGAGAUAUAUUACUUUGUUGAUCACCUGGCACAUAAGUUUAUCAGUCCUCAGCUGCGGAUGUCUUUUAUUGUAUUUUCAACAGAGGGAAGGACUCUCAUGGCACUAACAGAAGACAGAGAACAGAUUCGGGCCGGACUGGAGGAGCUACGCAUGGUGCAGCCAGGCGGAGACACCUUCAUGCACAGAGGUUUUCAAAGAGCCAGUGAGCAAAUAUACUAUGGCACUGGAGAUGGUUACCGGACAGCCAGUGUCAUCAUUGCCCUGACAGAUGGUGAACUGAGAGAAAAUCAGUUUGACUUGGCACAAAGAGAGGCCAGCAGAGCACGCCAGUUGGGUGCCACUGUGUACUGUGUGGGAGUGAAAGACUUCAAUGAAACCCAGCUUUCAACAAUAGCUGACAGUAAGGACCAUGUCUUCCCUGUGAAUGAUGGGUUUCAGGCACUACAAGGGGUCAUUGACUCGAUCCUGAAAAGAUCAUGCAUUGAGAUCCUGGCUGUAGAGCCGUCCAGCAUCUGUGAAGGAGAAUCCUUCCAGGUUGUAGUCAAAGGAAAUGGUUUCCUUCACGCCAGAGAUGUACAGAAAGUUCUCUGCAGUUUCCGCAUCAACGACACAGUUACUUUGAUGAAAAGACCCUUGGUGGUGAGGGAUACCUACCUCUUGUGCCCAGCUCCUGUUCUGGAAAAAGAGGGAACGUCUGCCACUCUCCAUGUCAGCAUGAAUAAUGGCCUGAGCUUCAUAUCCAGCUCUGUCACCAUAACUGCAGUCACCUGUUCUGAUGGGACCUUUGUGGCCAUAGCUCUACUCAUCCUACUGCUCCUGCUCACCAUCCUCCUGCUGUGGUGGUUUUGGCCUCUCUGCUGCACUGUGGUCAUUCACGAGCCACCUCCUCCAGUAAUAGAGGACGAAUCUGAUGAUGAGGAUGGUUUUCCCAAGAAGAGGUGGCCGACUGUGGACGCCUCGUACUAUGGGGGACGUGGAGUUGGCGGCAUCAAGAGAAUGGAGGUCCGUUGGGGAGAUAAAGGCUCCACUGAAGAGGGAGCCAAACUGGAAAAAGCCAAAAAUGCUCGAGUUGUGAUGCCUGAACAGGAGUUUGAAGCACCUCCACCAAGGCCUUACUACAACAUGCAUAAAUCUGUCCGCCCCCAGAAGUGGUAUUCCCCCAUCAAGGGAAAGCUGGAUGCUCUGUGUGUAUUCCUGAGGAAAGGCUAUGACAGAGUGUCUGUGAUGAGACCUCAUCCUGGAGACAAGGGCAGGUGCAUCAACUUCACCCGAAGCAAAUCCUACCCUGCUCCUCGCUACCCCAUUUACAACCAUCCAUCCACGCCCGUCUACACUUUGCCCCACACCUACCAGCGGCGUCCAUCAGAGGGUAGCCAGUUCUUCAAUUUGCCCCCCUCGCCAACCUCAACACUGCCCCCUCUACCAUCCUCUCCUCCCCCGUCCUCCACCACCCCUCCCAUGUACACGCCGCCUCCAAACAGAGCCCUGCCGCCAGCCAACCCCAGCCCCGUCUCUGCGCCCCCAUCUCCGACCGGCUCUUUGCCGCCCCCGCCUCAGGGUCCACCUCCCUGCAGAGCCCCUCCCCCGUCGCGCCCCCCUCCACGUCCCAAUCACGAGAACCACUGAUGAUUAUGGAGGAUGAGGAAACUGAGGAGCAGGAUCUAAGCUCAGGAUGGAAACCUGAAAAGACCUUUUCACUGUGCCUCUGUUUAAAUACGUCCAAACAGAGCAAGAAUUAAAGUGACUGUAAAGUGAAUGUUGCCUUUUGAGGCUGUAGCUGGUGAUUCAACACACGCACAGUGAAAACCUUCAACAAUUAUGUCUGUUUUCCUAAACAAGUGGCUCACGCAUGAUGUGCCACGAACUAUGACUUUUUUUAAGUCUAUAAAUUGAAUAUUUAGUGUAGCGAGCACAGCUUUGGCUAUUAAAUGCUUUUGUAGCUAAGCAAUUUAGUCAAUGUUAACAACAUUUCCUCCCAACACCAAAUCAGUCAAACUGGUUGAGUAUCACAAUGUGCUAUGGAGUUGUAUAAACUUGCAUUUUAGCCUUUGCCUGGUAUGAAUUAGUUUUAUUGAUCUGAACUAAUCUUUCACUGCUUUGCACAGUGAAAAACAAUAAUCGCAAGUUUAAACCGCAGAAAAUCCAGUGACUCAGCAACUGCGUCAUGUGUUUUAUACAUGCAAGUCUGUUUGGCAAGCGCUGUCUUAAAAAAUGUAUAUUUUGUGAAUUAAUAUUCAUUAAAUCACAAAAAUAUAUGUGUAGAAAAAUAUAUAUAAAUAUGUGUCUGCUUCUUGUGGAUGCUGGCAAAUUUAUCAUUUAGAAAAGGUUAUUAUAGGCAGAUUUCUUGCUAACUGUUUCCCCAUACUAAGCUAGACUAAUAACCUUCCGGUUCAAGCUUCACAUACAUUGUACAGACAUGAGAGUGGUAUUGAAGAGAACAAAUAAUGCCAAACUUCCUUUGUUAUGUGCAUCAGUGCCAUACACCUCUCAGAGGAGAUGCCUGUAGAGAGACUAGUCUUCUAAAUACAAUUAGUGAGAUGAUUUAAUGGAAUAAAACAUUCCUGUCAUCUUGAACAUUUUGUCAACAAUAAACAACAUGGAAAAUAAUUUUAAAGCUAGAAACCAGAGACGUUAAUCUGUAAAGCUGUCAGCAAGAAACUCUUAAAACACAGGAGUUAAAUCUUUGGCAGUGUUUAACGUUGACUGCUAUGAGCUAUUUGCGUUUUGUAGCGCUGACAAAAGUGACGUCUGGAAAAUCACCCUGACACUGAUUUGGUGGCCAGAAUAGUAGACUGCAGUUUUUCAGUCCUCCGAUCAAAUUUGUUCAUACUAAUAUAUAAUGUGCAACAGCAGCAAUAAAAAGUAUCUUUUUCUCUUUUGUGUGCCAGUCAGUGUCAGAGGCCAAACUUCAGAAAUAUGAUAAAUGUACUCACUGUGACGCAAGAUGUUUUUUUUCAUACUGAGCUCAAUCACAGGUGGCCAGAUUGAUGGUCAACUACUUUGACUAAGACUUCGUGUUCACUUUACAACCACAGGCCCUGUGCACAUAUGGUUCACCUCCACAGGUGUUUGACUGAUUAAAUUAAGGCCUCCUCUCAGGGUUCUGCAGGUGUGUAUAGAUCUCCCUGACUUUCCUGCUGUGAACAAGGCCUAUUGUGGGAGUGUUUGAUUAUUUCAGUGCUGUACCUAGUAAACAGGGAAGUGCAUUUAUUACUACAUAAAGUUUGGACCCGUCCUCAGCACAGCUCCAUCUGUAUUCAUCCUGAGUAAAUCUAAUCUAAUCAGCGAGAGGAGUUGAAAACACAAGCAUGUGUAUUCAACUCAGAGCAGAGGAAAAAGCACUGAGUUGUCUGUCAAGAAUAAUGUGUUAGUUUUCAAGAGAAUGAGGAAGUGGAUACAAACCACCAGGUUUCUUUGCUGAGUGACUGACCUCAUGUCAUCGUCAUCAGAAGAGGAGUUGAGUGGCAGUUGAGGUGGUUGUUACAGCUGGUAAAGAUGCCCCUGAUGUCUCGAAGAUGACUGGGCACCAUGAAGAUACUUUGGGCACCUCUGGAUACUUGUGGAAAAUCUGGAGGAGUUUCCUGGAAAUAAGCAAAUCUGGGCUGCUUUGCUCUGCUUUCCUGGCUGGCAUUGCAGGAAAUAUGCAGCUAGAAUGUGGAUGAAUGGUUAGAAAGACGAAUAACAUGGAAUCAUUCACUUUAUUUACAACAAUUAUCCAACUGUUCGGAGUAAAUUGUUUCUAUUUGUGAGAAGACGCGUAUAGAGUCUCUAAAUGCAAAAAAUGCCUAAGAGUUUGGGAUUAUGCAAGAAGCCAUGGAACAGCCGCUCAGCUGAGUCUUAUUCCCCUCAGAUCUACUAAAAUAAACCCAAAUACAUCUUUUCCAUGUGCUUUUUCCUUAGUUUCAGUUCUUUCUUCAUUUGGGAAUGCUUUCGCAGACGCACACAGCCGGACUUGCAGUCCUGUGGGCAGUGAGCUCAUGGAGGCGUGUCUAAAAGAAAACCGCCAGGAGCAGAGGCAGGCAGUUGGAUUAAAGGCACACAAUAAAAAUCAAAAUCCAACUAUGACGCCAUGGAGAUCUGGAAGAAGUAUUUACACAGCUUAACACUUUUAAAGAGUCCACCAUUGCUGAGGACAAAAAAAAUGUAUACUUAAUGUUGGGUAACUUGAGCACUGUUUCUUUCUCUUGGCUCUUUCCAGCUGUGUAUGUGCCAUGAUGAAAAUAUAUGAUAUUGAA